AUGUCUGCCCCAAGAGGCCGUGGCGGAGGUGGCGGUCGUGGACGCGGUGGCGGUCCGGGUGGAAGCAGCAGAGGAGGAGAUAGCAGCAGUGGCUCUGGCAGCCGCGGCACAACCUUUCGCGGCAGGCGUCCCUUCGACUCCACCAGCGGUUCGCGAGGCUCCUCCUCCCGUGGAGGUUCACCACAACGCGGAGGCCCUGGUGGAUUCAACGUGAAGCGCGCGCAGUCGGCCCCCGCCGCCAUCUUUGGCGACCCCAACAGGGUUCCUCCACCAGACCAGAAUGUCGCGAAGACCGAAAACACCGUUGUCAAAGACCUUUCGACCACCUUCGCGCGCAUGUCAACCGAGGACAAGCUCGCCAGGCGCCCGGACUACGGCACUUGCGGCCGCGAGACUGUCGUUUACACCAACUACUUCCCGCUGCAUGUUGCUGCCCAGUGCCCCGAAAUCUAUCGCUAUGCUGUGUCCCUGCAACCUGAAGAGCAGGCAAAACGCAGGAGAAGGAGGUACAUCGAAAUCCUUCUGCAGGACCCCGUCUUCGAAGGAGUCAUGGUCGCCACAGAUUAUGCACAAGUCAUUAUUACCAACAAGAAAGUACCUCUCAGCGAGGGAACGCACAACCGAAAGGCCGUUGAGAUACAAUGGUACCCUCCUGAUGGCGAGCCAAUUUCCGAGUCCGACGAGUCCGAGCGAGCUCAGGCCGCUCGCAAAAAGGCCACCAAGACUCUCCUGAUCGAGGAACUCGGUACGGUUUCCCUGCUCGAACUCAUCAAGUCCUUGACAUCCACCGGAGCAGGUGCCUACUAUCCGUUGAAGGAUGAAGCGAUCCAGGCUCUCAACGUCAUCCUGGCCCGUGGCCCUCACGUGGCGGAAAACAUGGUCGCUGUGGGGCAAAACAAAUUCUACCCGGUCGGGAAGCACCCUCUCACCGAAGCGUGGAGCCUGUCCGAGGGAUUGCAAGCCCUGCGCGGCUACUUCUCGAGCGCGCGGACUAGCGUGAACCGCAUCUUGGUCAACAUCAAUGUGUCGACUUCUGCAUUCUACAAACCCGGUAAACUGCUCGAACUCAUGCAGGAUUACCUCGGCCCCACCAACAGGAGUCCCAGCCAUCUCUUGAAGCUCGAGGCUUUCCUCAGACUCCUUCGCGUUGAGACUCACUACAUGUUGGCCAAGGAUGGCAGCAACAAGCGUGUCCGCAAGGUCAAGACCAUCUUCGGGCUUGCACGGUCUAACAACGACUCCAAGGGGACUUGGCCCCACGCAGCCAAUGCGCAGCAAGUCAAGUUCAGCUACACCGAUCCGGAUGGUAAAGUGUCUCUAAUUUCAGUUGAGGAGUACUACGCUCGUGUCCACCAGAUCACCCUCAAGACCCCUACGUCGCCAGUCGUCAACGUCGGCAACCGCGACCACCCAACGUACAUUCCUCCGGAGCUGUGCGACGUCCUUCCCGGCCAGGUUGCCGGACGCAUGUUGAGCGCGAACCAGACUCGCUUGAUGAUCGAGUUCGCAGCAAGGCCGCCAAAUCACAAUGCCAUGUCGAUUACCCAGCAGGGCUUGGAAGUGAUGCAGGUCAAGCAGAACGAUGCGCUCUCAGCCUUUGGCAUCAACAUCGGCGGCAAUCUGCUCACGGUUCAGGCCCGCAUCUUGCCUGUCCCCAAACUGCAGUAUGCUGGCAAAGAACAGCAACCGGAGAAUGGCAAAUGGAACCUGGCCCGCGUUCGAUACACCAAACCGGCAACGAUCCAGUCCUGGGGGUGCUUGGUUAUCGAGGAGCGCGGCAGACCAGUGUUCCAGUCUCAAGAGCAGGCCCUAGAGCUGGUCAGCACUUUCAAGUCCGCUCUGCAAUCUUACGGUCUUCGGAUGGGCGAUCCUCAGCCGCCCGCAAAGAUUGCCAUUGGCUGGCCGUACAAUCCCAGCGAAAUCACCGAUGUGAUCCAGGCCAAGUUGGCCCAAAUGGUCAAGAUGCGCAUCGGCAUGCUACUCGUCCUUCUUCCUUCGGACAACACGAUUUUGUACGACACGCUGAAAUACCAAGGAGAUGUCCGCUUUGGCGUUGCUACCAUUUGCACAAUCGCAAAGAAGAUUCUCAACCAGCGCGGCCAAGCUCAGUACAUGGCCAACGUCGGCUUGAAGUUCAACUUGAAGUCGGGGGGUGUCAACCAUGACAUGCGCAUCCAGCAACUGGCGCCGCUCGACAACAAAACGAUUCUCAUUGGAAUCGAUGUGUCACAUCCCGUCCCCGGCAGUUCCGACAGUGCGCCCAGCAUCACGGGCGUGGUGGGCUCGGUUGAUUCCCAGUUCAACAACUACCCUGCUUCGAUCCGUACGCAGACUGGUCGUCAAGAGAUGGUCGAUUCGAGCGACCUGACGGAGAUGAUCGUCGAGCGUUUCAAGCUCUGGGAGAAGCGCAACGGUGGUCUCCCGAACAAGGUCAUCGUUUACCGCGAUGGCGUCUCGGAGGGUCAAUACCCGGUUGUGCUGCGCGAGGAGUGGCCCAGCUUUGCCGAGGCGUACAAGAAGCUCUAUGGAACGGAGAAGAAUUUCCCCAAGUCUUCUCUGGUCAUUUGCACCAAGCGCGGCCACACACGUUUCUAUCCGACGAAGCCCGAAGACUCGGAGGGCCGAAACAUGAACGUAAAGCCUGGCACCGUGGUCGACCGCGGCAUCACCGGUGAGCGCCUAUUCGAUUUCUUCCUGGUCGCCCAUGCCGGUCUCCAGGGCACGUCAAAGCCGGCGCAUUAUAUUUGCCUACGAGACGAAAACAAACUCGGUGCCGACCAGCUCCAGCGCAUCACCCACAACCUGUGUUAUGUCUAUGGUCGCGCCACUCGGGCUGUCUCAGUAUGCCCGCCGGCGUAUUACGCCGACCUGGUGUGCGAGCGCGGACGCUCGUACCUCCAUUCAUUCCUCAAAGAAAACACGAGCGUCUCCUAUGACCGAUCACGCCACUGGAGUCGCGGCGUGCAUGACCGGCUGAAGGACACCAUGUUCUACCUGUAG